AUGGUCCCCACCAUACCGUAUGAAUUGCACCCUGGGAUCCUGGAGCACAUCCCGCCAAGUCCGCAGACAAUCGCCCACGCCUCCGUCGUUUGCAAAGCAUGGCGCCGCAUAGUGGAUGCUCCUGGUUUCCUCCACCGGUGCCAUGCACGCCAUGUUGUACCAGUGGUCAUGGGAUUCUUCCACAACUCCAAUACACUUCCCCGCCCGUUCGUACAGAUCAACGACACCACUAGCUUAUCCUUUCGUUUUCCUAAUGAUGGCAAUUACUCAUGGACGUUUAUGGAUUGCCGUCACGGCCGUGUCCUCCUCCGUAACGGCCGUUGGUUCCUCGUGUGGCACCCAAUGACUGGCCACUACCGCCUAAUCAAUGCCGAAUCUAGUCGCUGGGAGGAGUACACCGAGAAGAAUAGCAAUGCUGCAUUGCUCUGUGUGGUUGAUGACAACGAUGGCCACCAAGUUUGCUGCCAACAACCCACAAGUCCAUUUCGUGUGGCCCUUGUCCACAAUGAUUCUCAGGGUCGUGUUCAUGCCGGCGUCUACUCCUCACUUACUGGCCAGUGGAGCCUGCCGCCCACGCCGGUGGAUCUCCCGUUGUUGUGUGACAUCCGUGUGGAGCCAUGUGUCAUCAUCUUUAACACUAUGUACCAACCUCUCAAUGACUACCAUGUGUUGGCCUACGACAUGGACAAGAGCACUCUCACUGUGUUCGAGCGGCCGAAUGGAGGAAAUGCCCGUCUAAUGAAGGUUGAUGGUGGUGGACGACUCGGCCUUGCCUCCGUGGAGGACCUCACAUUGCGUAUGUGGGCUCGGGGAGCCUACAAUGGUUGGGUACUACGCACCUCGGUUGAUCUGGGGGAGGCCAUUGCAUGCUUGUCAAAGGUCACAUUACCUAAGGUAGACUCUAGCUUCCUGAUGAUGCCGCGGGUGAAGAUCAUCGGGAGCACCGAGGAGGGAGACGCGCUAUUUUUGUGGACCAUGGUCGGUAUAUUCAUUCUAUGUCCUAAAACCAUGGAGUUCAAGAAGGUGCAUGAGGCCGUUAAGGACAUGGAGAUUGUGUACCCAUAUACUGCCUUCCCCACUGCUGCCAGCUGGUAA